GAAGAGACAGGAGGGAGGGGGGCGCCGGCGGCGGGGGCUAACAAAGGGCGAGGCGAGCGCUGGGGCUGGGACAGCGCGGGGCGGGCAGCCGGCGGCGGCCCCACCACCAUGCCGCGGGUUGUCCCCGACCAGCGGAGCAAGUUCGAGAAUGAGGAGUUCUUUAGGAAGCUGAGCCGCGAGUGCGAGAUUAAAUACACCGGCUUCAGGGACCGGCCCCACGAGGAGAGGCAGGCCCGCUUCCAGAACGCUUGCCGCGACGGCCGCUCCGAGAUCGCUUUUGUGGCCACAGGAACCAAUCUGUCUCUCCAGUUUUUUCCGGCCAGCUGGCAGGGGGAGCAGCGGCAGACACCGACCCGGGAAUAUGUCGACUUUGAAAGAGAAGGAGGCAAGGUGUACUUGAAGGCACCUAUGAUUCUCAACGGUGUCUGUGUCAUCUGGAAAGGCUGGAUAGAUCUCCAGAGACUGGAUGGCAUGGGCUGCCUGGAAUUUGAUGAGGAGAGAGCACAGCAGGAGGAUGCUCUGGCACAGCAAGCCUUCGAAGAGGCUCGGCGAAGGACUCGCGAGUUCGAGGAUAGAGACAGGUCCCAUCGGGAGGAAAUGGAGGUGAGGGUUUCACAGCUGCUGUCAGUAACUGGCAAGAAGACAGCAAGACCCUAGCCCGGGCUCGACCCUGGGCAGCGGCGAGGACCUGAAGCUGCGUUAG